GAUAGUCCAACACUUCCGGUUUCGCCCUGGACUUCAGUGAGCAGCACUUCGGCAACAUCAUAUUAUAGUACGACUUUAAUAUUUCCGUCAGCACUGGUAACUCUCAUUCAAAGUGUCUUUUGGACGGAUUACCGGAUGAUUACUUCGUUCAUGGACUUUAUUUGGGCUUAUUAAGACUUUUCUAGCACUUUCAAGAGAAGUGAAGAUCGCACCUGUACUAGUUGACCAAUGACACCUGUUGUCUCUUCUGCGGAAGGGUAACCGCGCGCGAUUUCAUAUAAACUGUGAAACAAACAAACACGGAGGACAUUAAACCUUUUGGAUGACGCAGCUAAGAUGAAAGUGACGGUGAAUUUCGGGAGAACGGGGGUGGUCGUCCCGUGUAAAGACGGCUGGAUGGUGCGGGACUUGAUCGAUCAAGCCACACAAAGAUAUAAGAAGAUAAUCGAACAGGAUGGGGAAUUCCUGGUACAGACACACCAUGUUGAGUAUGUGGACGGGGGGAUCCUGGACCCAGACGACAUGCUAACAGACCUGGUCGAAGACAAAGACAAGUUAGUCGCUGUGUAUGAGGAGACGGAGCUCCAGCAGAGGGCGUCGGUGAGUCCCGGGGGGAGUUUGACCUCCUAUCGCUCUAGUCCUGACCCCUCUGAACCUGAGCUGAAUGUCCUGCAGCCCUACGCCGGCAGCGAAAUAGAGGUCACCUCCUCCGCCCUCAAAUCAACCACUCCCCUAUCGGUGAGAAGCAGCAGUGACCCCUCCCUCGCCCUGCCCCUGGAUGUAGUUUCAUUGGACCCUGAUGAGAGCAGCGGACCCCGACCAAAAGGAGUUGGCCAUGCAACGACUGUGAAGGGAGGAGUCAUGGACAAACCCAAAGUGGAUGUCCCAAACUCCAGGAGUGGACAAGACCACACCAGCAGUCUCACACGAAUGGUGAAGAUCUCAGGAGAAGGUGGGCCUCUGGGAAUCAAAGUUAUACCAUACUGUUCCUCACUGAGUGGAAGGACUCUGGGUCUGCAUAUCCGAUCCAUUGAGGAGAACAGCCGCUCUGAACGAGAGGGAAUCUUUCAAGAGGACGAGUGCAUUGUACAGAUCAAUGACACUGAGUUAAUAGACAAGUCCUUCACUGAGGCUCAGGAGGUGUUUCGUCAAGCAAUGUCUUCUACCAUAAUUUGUUUGGAGGUGCUUCCUGUCGCCAAUAAGCUUCGCUAUGAAAAGAGCCUCAUCGGGCAACUUUUCACCAACACUGAGCCAAACCCGUUGGUCCCGAAGGUUAAGAGCCCAUUCUUGGUCCGCAAACUUGGUUCCAAUGCACCAACGCCAUCACCCCUGCCCCCUGCCUCACAGACCCCACCCCUGAAAGAGGAGGAGCUUUUACCUGCAAGACAUCCCCCCAUGGAGAUGUACCAUCGCAAAGACACGCCCUCUCCUCCAGUCAGCGCGUCACCCACCAUGAGAGAUCGUAGCGAGUGUCCCGCCACCAAAAAGACCCUGGACCUCGCCACAGUGGUUAAUAUGGUCAGCAGAAAGCCUGGAAAGAAACUGAAUAUCGAUUUGAAGAAAGGUACGGAGGGCCUUGGUUUCACCGUGGUAACCCGAGACUCAUCUGUUCAUGGUCCAGGACCCAUUCUGGUCAAGAGUAUUUUGCCUCGCGGAGCAGCCGUAAAAGAUGGCCGACUCAUGUCAGGAGACUGCAUCCUGGAGGUAAAUGGAGUGGACAUCACUGGACGCACUCAAGAGGAACUGGUUGCUAUGUUGCGAAGCACCAAACUGGGAGAAACGGUGUCUUUGAUAGUUGGACGACAAGAAGAGUUCUUGCCCAGAGAAUUGAAAGGAGAGCCGUCAGGUCCUUUGCUGUCUGAGGAUGGGCGAGAGCAGCUGAUGUUUGAAGUUCCUCUGAGUGACUCCGGCUCAGCUGGUCUCGGGGUCAGUCUGAAGGGAAACAAGUCUCGAGAGACCGGAGAAGACUUGGGCAUCUUCAUCAAGUCCAUCAUCCAUGGAGGGGCUGCAAACAAGGAUGGUCGCUUGCAUGUCAACGACCAGCUGAUAGCUGUUAACAGCGAAUCCCUGCUCGGCCGUUCCAACCAUGACGCCAUGGAAACACUGCGGCACUCCAUGUCCACUGAGGGUAACCUACGAGGAACCAUCCAAUUGGUGGUUCUGCGAGCUCUGGAGGGAUCACCUGCCCAGGAAAAUCAAGACGUCAGACAAAAUCCUACAAGAAACGACUCUUCUGUCCUGCAUUCUAACAUCAACCAGACCAACAACUCCGUACCUCCAUCCACAGCAAAAAAACGUUUAUAUGAUGCUGCUCCUGCUCCAUAUAAACCCCAUGGCGGGCGACAGGAACUGCCAGAGAAGGAUUUUGGUGAAGAUGAUUUCCCUCCUCCACCUUCUGAUCUUGACCUGCUGGAAACCAGCUCUCCACGCAAGCAUCUACAAGAUCGGCCUGAGAGGGAGCCUGUCACACAUUUUAGCCAUCCUGCCAACCAACAAUAUCCACAACGAAAGAAACUGCCAGAUUACUCAACGUCGAAGACUUCCAAGAGUAUGGAUCUAGUGGAAGAUGAGAGUAACAUGGCGUCUAUACAAGGACAGAGACCUGAACCCCUCUCCUCUAACGGGACGGCAUUGGGGCCCACUCUGGGUCUGCAGAAAUCCAGUUCUCUGGAGAGUCUCCAGACAGCGAUGGAGGACGUCAGUAAAGACGAGGUACCCUUCCACCGUCCACGCGCUCAUAUGGUGAGAGGCCGCGGCUGCAACCUCAGCUUUCGCCACGCCAUCGACAAAUCCUACGACGGACCCUCCGAACCUGAGGACGAUGACUCUGAGGAAGACUCUGGAAGAGACACACCUGCCAGCGGCUCCUCUCGACAGGAACUAGAUGAUGACAAGAAGGCAAAGAAAAAGAAUGCCAAAAAGAAGAAAGAGAAAAAGAGCAAAAAGAAGGCUGAGCCCGAAGACCUGGAGAAAAAGACCAAGAAAAAAGGAUUUGGUUUGUUGAGCUUGGAGCCCCAGUCUGACCUCAGAUCAGUGCAGAGGAAUAUGUUUGGGAGAAAAAACAAAGAGGAAAAGGCCAAAGCCAAGGUGAAACAACUGGGAGCUUUGAGCGAAGAGGAGGUGGACAAGAGUGAACCUGAACUGUUUCUGUCAAUGAGUGAAAGGAACAGCCCCGCUCAUGAACGCGCAAACUUCCCAGAUGUUGAAGAUGAUGACCUGGAUCCCAACUACGCUCGCAUCAACAAUUUUAGAGAACCCCCUUCCUCUGGUCACUCCCCUUACCCACCUGGAACUCCUACCCAUAACUACUCUCAGCCUGCCUUCCCCGCCCCAAACAGAGAGUUGCCCAAUGAGAAUGCACUAGAGGGGCUAUACGCAAAAGUGAACAAGCAAAGACCCGCCCCUUCAAAGACUGACAGUAAUGAAGAACGAUUGCAGCAAAUCAGAAAUCAGCUUCAGCAGGUGAGACCCGCCCCAUCCUAUGACGAUCUGACCGCACGCAGACGACAGGAGUACGACCCUUCACGAAUCAGAGGACCUGAUCCUCAACAGGUUCCAAGAUACAACAACGAAGAUCGCCUCUAUGCCUCUGUGCCCAGGAGAAUGCCAGUGGAGGACUACCCGAACCAGAACUGGGCCAAACAGAGAGAUCUGGCCAGUUACCCAAACCCCACUUAUGAGUAUCCAAAUCAAGCGGGCUAUCAAGACAACUAUCCUCUGCGCUCGCCCCGUUUACCUGUACCCAGACACACAGAGGGUGCCAGUGGUACAUACCCCUCCCCUCAAGUGCCACAGAGGGGUCCUCUGAGACAGGAUGUCCCUCCCUCGCCCAAUCCUGGUGCCAGAGGACCACCGCGAUAUGAAACGUUAAAUCAGGGGAACUAUCGGACGGCGAGUCCUGAUCGCUAUGGGGCGUACAGCGAUGAACAAUACCAAGACCCCCGACAGAAGAACCCCAUGAUUGGUGCUGUCUAGAAAAGGAAGAAUUAGGUUUGUGUUUUCACGAGAACAUGUCCAAGUCACAUUUCAGCCCAAAAUCAAUAAAAUAAAAAUAUAUAUUUUGCAUAAAGUUAAUAAUGGCUAUAUUAUAACCAUUUGUAUUUCAUGAUUUAAAGGCAAAUUCUUGCUCAAAAUUGUCAUUACCUUAAUGUCUUUUGAGGUUUUUUUUGUUUUGUAAUUCUAGUACUGUAAUAUAUAUAUAUAUUUUUAUUAUUAUUAUUAUUAUUUUUUAUUAUUAUUAUUAUUUUUAAUCAGUGUAACUUAAAGGCUGUACAACAAAUAUAUUUUCUCACUUUGCAGUAAUAAGUAUUUGAUUUUUUUGUAUUACGGUAAUGAGAAUUGGGGGAAAUUUGCUUGGUUGUCAUGAAAGUAGCCACAAUGCAAAAAACUCCUAAUGAUUUUCUUUACAUUGUGACUGUUUUUAUUACAUUUAAGCACAUUAUCAUUACCAUUAUGCAUGCAGAUGAUUUACUCAUUUCAUUCUCAUUUUUUCACAAUAUUUUUUUACUGUAUUACUGUGCAAAAAAAAAAAAAUUACUAUUAAUUAUUUGUUUUCAAUCAGCGUAACUUAAAGGCAGUACAAUACAUACUACCAUGAUGUAUAAAUACUUAACGAUUUAAAUAUACGAUUACUUUUUUGCAUUGAAAUUAUAUUUUUAUUUUAUUUGUAUUUUAUUUUUUUGCAUUACAGUUAAAAAAAAAAAGGGGGUGGUGGUGUGGGGGUGCUUAAUUGUCAUGAAAAUAAUGUAGAAUGCAAAAAAUCUUUAUGGUUCUAAAAAACAUUUUUUAUUAUAAUCAAACACAUUUUUGCACGAAAUUAACAUUGCCACUUUAUCACAUUACUUUUGAGAUUUUUUUAUUUUAUUAUUAUUCUAAAUAGUGAUUCUCAUUAGAUUCUCUUUACUGUAAUGCAGUCAUUUUUAACUUUUUUAUUUUAUUUCAUUAUUAUUAUUUUUUAAUCAGCAUAACUCAAAGGCAUUACAAUAAAUAUUACCAUCAUGUAUAAACACUUAGUUUGAAUAAAUCUUUUUUUUUUUUUUACAUUGCAGUACUAAGAAUUUUUUUUUAAUUAUUAUAAUUUUUAUUUUAAUACAACUACGGUAAUAAGAAAUGGGGAUAAAUGUGCUUAAUUGUCAUAAAAAUAAUGUCAAUGUAAAACAUCUUAAUAUUCAUAAAAAAUAGGCGUUAUUUUCUCUAAGCAAAAUAUAAUACAUUUUGUCUUAAUUUUGGGGUGAAAUAUGACCCGGAUGUGUUCUUGACAGGUUUUGUGAGAUUCCCCCUCGUAUCAGAUGUCCCAGUUCUUUUAACUUUCUCAUUUGGAGACUGUAAGGAACAAUCUGAACAAUCUGAACACUUGCUUAGACUGAUGUCAAAAAUAUGCAAAGUUGGCUAUGUUAAUAUAAAGUUACUCUAAAGUAAACUAGAUAAGUCAAUUUUAUACAUUGUUUUGGAUGUCAGCUAUAUCUCCUUUUAAUAAAUGUGUAUGAAUGUGCAUGUUA